GUUCGGGUUGUGUCACUUGACAGUUGUUUUUCAUAAUAAGUAUUUUCGCUCUGCUCCGACUGCGAGGUUACUCAAAAAACUAACUUUCUCGGCGAAACUUUAAGAUGGCUUUAUCACCGGCGUUUCGUACCCCGCUGACGGAUUUAACCGGUUGUCUGCACAAUUUCCAAGGCCAUAAGAAAUGUGGCCCAAUCGAAAUGAAUAUGAUCGACUGCCUCGAAGCCUAUGGCAUGCAUAUGGGUUCGAAAAAGUGCAAGGAUUUGAUUGAAGAUUUCCAGGAAUGCUCUGGCCAACAGAAACAACUGAAACGUGUUGAGGCAAUGCGAAAUGAGAGACACAGGCAAUACUAUUUCGGGGACAGAAAGGAACAUUACGCCCCUGGUCCGAAAGAAGAUGCUUACUAAUUCUGCACUCAUGAGUAGUCAGUUGAAUCAGAGCAUGUCUCAGUCAAAUAAGUGAAAGCAAAAAUAAAGAACAUAGAAACCAAGGUA